AUGAAAAACAUAGAUUCCAUCAAAGGUUGCAGAAUAGAUGAGAACCACUUCGACUUAGAAAAGUAUAGUACAUUUUAUUGCAAACAAGAUGUAAGAAUUUUAAGAGAAGGUUUUGUUAAGUUCCGCAAUGACAUAUUGAAAGAAUUUGAUUUAAACGUUUAUGACUACGUUAGUAUUUGUUCUAUUGCUAACAAAUUGUUUGAGAACAGAGUGUACUUCCCGAAUGGAAAUUUAUAUGACCUCUCAAAUAAACCAAGAGAAUUUAUUUCACGCUGUAUUCAAGGUGGAAGAUGUAUGCUGUCAGAUAACAUGAAACAAAAGAGCGAAAAGAAACUCAUUGCUGACUUCGACGCUGUUUCAUUAUAUCCAUCAGCUAUAGCAAGACUUUAUACUUUAGAAGGUAUUCCAAAGGUUAUGAAGAAAGAAAUGUUAAGCACAGAGUAUCUCAUGAGACAUUUAUUCGAUGACGACCAAAAGGAACCCAUUGGUGAAAAGUUUAUGUCUGGCUUCUUUGUUCUCAUUAAGAUAACAGAGAUUGGAAUACAUAGACACUUUCCUUUAAUAGUUUGUGACCCUGAACUAAAUCCAGAACUUAACGUUCCCAGAAGUUCAAACACUUGCUGUUUAAUGUAUGUUGACCAUAUAACAUUACAAGACCUCAUAAAAUAUCAAGGUGUCAAAUGUGAAGUGUUGCAAGGAUACUAUUACGAUGGAAACAGAGAUAUUAGAAUAAGAGAUGAAGUAAAGAAGUUGUUUGAGUUAAGGUUAAAGUAUAAGAAAGAAGGAAAUCCUUUGCAAGAAAAUAUAAAGCUCAUUCUGAACAGUAUUUAUGGCAAAACUAUUCUAUCUCCUAUUGAGUCAAAAAUAACCAUAGUAAAUGACAAAGAUGCUAUAAGAUAUGCCAUCAGAAACUACAACCAUAUAGUGAAGUUCGAAGGUUUGGAUGGUUCAGAUAAAACUAUUUUCAAGCUAACGAAAAGCAUUUGCAGACACUUUAACUUCUGUCCACUUGGUGUUAA